UGUGUGUGUGUGUGUGUGAGAGAGAGAGAGAGAGAAUUUAGCUUCGUCUUUGCUUCACAUGCAUUCCACUUUCACAAAACAAAAUUUUUUCCUCACCCAACAAGAAAAGCAUAAAUCUACUUCACAUAUUAUUGCAUACAUCCUUUUUAAGCCUCCUCAUCACAGCAACCAAAUUAUAAACAUAUGCAAUACUCUCUUUCCUAGCCAAAUGAAAGCCAUGAAACCAAACCCUAUACUUGUAGUCCUUCAUUGAUUUCUUCUACAACUACUACUAAUACUAGUUAAGAGUGUAUAACAAAAAAACAUCAAAACAAAGAGAAGAUGAGGACAGGAGGUUACACUACUCAUCACUCUCUAACUAGUGAGGCUGCAAGCAUAGUAACACAAGCCAUUAGCCUUGCUAAAAGGCAAGGCCAUGCCCAAGUCACUCCUCUUCAUGUGGCCAGAGCCAUGCUUGCUUCCUCCACCGGCCUUCUCCGAAAAGCUUGCCUUCAAUCACAUUCUCAUCCCCUACAAUGCAAAGCCCUAGAGCUCUGCUUUAACGUGGCGCUCAACCGUCUCCCUACCUCUGCAUCGAGCAAUAUUCUAGGGCACCACUCCCACCACCCUCCUCUCUCCAAUGCCCUAGUUGCAGCCUUCAAGCGUGCGCAGGCACACCAGCGGCGUGGCUCCAUUGAAAACCAGCAGCAGCCCAUUCUGGCUUUGAAAGUAGAGAUAGAGCAGCUCAUAAUCUCUAUCCUAGAUGACCCAAGUGUUAGUAGAGUCAUGAGAGAAGCUGGUUUCUCUAGUCCUCAAGUGAAAACCAAUGUAGAACAAGCUGUCUCUUUGGAGAUCUGUUCUCAGAGUCCUGUGAAUAGCCAGUCCAAUGAUAUUAGCACCAAAUCACCAAGUUUCGGCACCAAUUUCUCUCAAUUCCCACCAAUGACUCAGUUUAGACCAUCACUAAGCAAACCAACUGAUCAUCAAGUUUCGAGUGAUGAUGUGAAGAGUGUUCUAAACACAUUCAUGAGCACUAAAAGGAAAAACACUGUCAUUGUAGGAGAGUGUCUAGCUAGUGUUGAGGGUGUAGUUAGAGGAGUGAUGGAUAAGUUCAAGAAAGGAGAUGUUCCUGGAGAUUUGAGGUAUGUGCAGGUCAUAACCCUUCCUGUCUUCUCCUUCAAAAAUCUGUCCAAGGAAGUGGUUGAACAGAAGCUUGGGGAGCUUUGGUCCUCAGUGAAAAGCUAUGGGAGUAGAGGGGUGGUUUUGUAUGUGGGUGAUCUCAAAUGGGUGUCUGAGUUUAGGUCAAAUUUUGGUGAGCAAAGGAAAAACUACUAUUGUCCUGUGGAGCUCAUGAUCAUGGAGCUUAGUAGAAUGUUGAGUGCUAUUGGAGAUAGUGGAAGGUUGUGGAUAUUGGGGAUUGCAACUUUUCAGACUUACAUGAAGUGUAAAACAGGCCAUUCUUCUCUAGAGUCUCUUUGGCAACUUCAUCCUCUCACAGUUCCUGUGGGCACCUUGGGACUAAGUCUCAACCUUGAAAGUGAUGGAUCUUGUUGGUCACUUCUUAAAAAUGAAGUUGAGCAGCAGAUGACUUGCUGUACCGAUUGCUCGGCUAACUUCAGGAGAGAAGCUCAAAGCAUAGCAACCACCACUCAUAACCAUGAGUCCACCACCACUUCCACCAGCUCAAGCUUGCCUUCAUGGCUUCAACAGUACAAGGAAGAGAAAAGAAGGGAAAAUAUCAAUGAUCAGGAAUCCAACAAAAUUAGAGAUCUCUCCAAGAAGUGGAAUUCAAUUUGCAGUUCAUUCCACAAAAAUCCCCAUUUCCUUGAGAAAGACUUUAAUUUUCCUUCAUCUAUUCCUUGUCUCUCUAAUUCAAUCUCUUCAGCUGACCAGUGUAAACCUAAUUUGCACCACACACUACUAAGCUGGCCAGCGAUUUUUGAACCCAACCGGUCGCCUAAAGAACACCAAUUUUUAGCAUCUAAUGAAAAAGGCGACGAAGGCUUUGAGCCCAAUUUGAAAAUGUACAUGCCAUUUACAAAUGAGCCAAAACCAGACCUUUUAUCCAAUCCUAACUCUAGUCCUAAUUCGGCUUCUUCUAGCGAAGCAAUGGAGGAUAUGGAGUGCUUGCAUCAGUUCAAGGAGCUGAAUUAUGAGAACCUGAAGAUUCUAUGCAAUGCAUUAGAAGAAAAAGUGCCAUGGCAAGUGAACAUUAUUCCUGAAAUUGCAAGCACAGUCCUUGAAUGCAGGUCUGGGAAAAAAAGCCGAAAAGGCAAGUUGAAACAAACAGAGGACAAAGAGGAAACUUGGUUGUUCUUCUCAGGUGUUGAUUCUGAAGGCAAAGACAAGAUUGCAAGAGAGUUAGCUAAACUUGUUUUUGGCUCUCACACUAACUUUGUCACAGUUGGUCUCAGUUGCUUCUCAAUGACAAGAGCUGAUUCAACUGAAGAGUGUGUGAGUAACAAAAGAGCAAGAGAAGAGUUGGGUUCAAGUUAUCUCGAGAGAUUUGCUGAAGCUGUGCAAGAGAAUCCGAGCCGCGUGUUCUUCAUGGAAGAUUUGGAGCAAGUUGAUUACUUUUCUCAAAUGGGAGUUAAGAAAGCAAUUGAAAGUGGGAGAAUUACACUUCCUGGUGGUGAGUUAGUCCUUCUUAAGGAUGCCAUUGUUAUUUUCAGCUGUGAAAGCUUCAGCUCCAUGUCAAGAGCUUGUUCACCUCCCACUAGGCGAAAAACCGGUGACAAUGAAGUGAAAGAGGUUGAUGAUCAAGGGAUGGAGAGAAGAGAGUGUGUCUCACUGGAUUUGAAUACUGCCACUGAAGAAGAUGACAAUGGAGAUGAGCAUUCAGUUGGUGAAAUUGGCAUUUUGGAAUUGGUGGAUAAGCAAAUUAUUUUCAAAAUUCUGGUGUUGUGAAAUGAGGCGAUCAGUUAAGGGAUAUGUCAUGGGAGGGGUAUAUUUCUUUUUUUUCUUUUUCUUUUUCUUUUUUUUUUUUUUUUCAAAAUUUGGGAAAAGGGAAGGAAGAAGGUUUGUUAGAUCCACACUAGAGCACUAUGGAUGCCAUGUACGAAAUGUACAAUAGUACAUAUUUAAUCUAGUUACUUGACAGCUUACGAGACCUACAUUUGUUUCUUCUUUAGGAUGUCUGAUUUCCUGUUUAACAACAAUUUAUUGGGAAUUGGUUGGUUUUGUAGUUACUGAAUGUUGACUCAAGGCACUGUGAAAAUUUUCUUUCUCCAUUUUUUCCC